AUGCCGGCGGGUCAUGGUCUUCGUGCACGAACACGUGAUCUUUUCUCGCGUGGGUUCAGGAAGAAGGGGACGAUCCCUUUGUCGACGUACCUGAAGAUCUACCACAUCGGAGACUAUGUCGACGUCAAGGUGAACGGUGCUGUCCACAAGGGUAUGCCCCACAAGUUCUACCAUGGCCGUACUGGUCGUGUCUGGAACGUCACCAAGCGCGCCAUCGGUGUCGAAGUAAACAAGCAGGUUGGCAACAGGAUCAUCAAGAAGAGGAUCCAUGUUCGUGUGGAGCAUGUUCAGCCUUCCCGGUGCACAGAAGAAUUUAAGCUGAGGAAGAAGAAAAAUGAUCAAUUGAAAGCUGAUGCAAAGGCUCGAGGUGAGAUCGUCAGCACAAAGAGGCGGCCAGAGGGCCCCAAACCAGGUUUCAUGGUUGAGGGUGCAACUCUGGAGACUGUAACGCCAAUUCCAUAUGACGUGGUCAAUGAUCUCAAGGGUGGUUAUUAA